AAAAAAAAUCAUAAUAUAAUACAACCCUACAUAGAGUUGCAAGGCCACAUUAAUCAAAAAUUUAACAUUUUUAACCAGUAGAGGGCGACAUUGUACGUCUGUCAUGUGAUGAGUAAAGUUUUUCUCGGUCACCUGUCACUAAAAUAGUCUUGGUAUUUUAUAAACCGUGAAAAACUUGCAGAAUGGCCCAGGUACGCAGUGUUGUUCUCCACACAUUCUGGUGGCUCUUUUUGGCCACUAGCAUAGUGCUCAUCUUGCAAUUCGUUCUCACUGGCAAAGGCGAACGUGUGAGUGUUGGUUGGUUCCUUGCUUCUACAUCACCUUAUAUGUGGGCAUGUCUCGGAAUCGGCUUGUCUGUGGCAUUAUCUGUGGUGGGAGCUGCUCUGGGCAUUCACACAACAGGCACCAGCAUUGUCGGCGGUGGUGUGAAAGCUCCACGAAUAAAGACAAAGAAUUUAAUUUCGGUUAUCUUCUGUGAGGCUGUAGCUAUUUAUGGGCUUAUCACUGCUAUCGUUUUAUCCGGAUUGUUGGAAUCGUUUACAAUGUCCGCAGCAUUGGACAAUCAAUCUGUAAUGAAUAAUAACUGGUUUGGAGGAUACGUAAUGUUUGGUGCCGGAUUGGCAGUCGGUUUGGUGAACUUGUUCUGUGGUAUUGCUGUUGGCGUUGUUGGUUCCGGAGCUGCGCUUGCUGAUGCAGCUAAUUCAGCGCUAUUUGUGAAAAUUCUGAUUGUGGAAAUUUUCGGUUCAGCUAUUGGACUUUUCGGUCUGAUUGUAGGCAUAUACAUGACGUCCAAAGUUAAAAUGGGUGAUAAGAAAGACUAAAUUAAAAGAUGCGAUGCAGGAAAUUGGUACGAGCAAUUAAAAGACAGAACACAGCUCAAAGAAAAGUACCAUCAACAUAUACUAAAUUAGUCACCAUGCUCUUAACAGCAAUCAAAAAUUCCAGACAAAAACAAUGAUGAAGUUUUUCUCUUAUUCUUUGUUUUUGGAUUAUACUUAUUAUCAAAUCGUAUUAGAUGUACAUAUUUUGAUUAGUAAAAUUAAAGUUUAUCAAUAUAAAAGAGCACAAUGGAUCACUGCAAUUCGAAAUAAGCCACAAUUUACCAAACUCAUUCCACAUUAGACAAAUAUUUGAUGAGCCAAGUAUUUAAUUUUCAUAAUUUCGAUAUACAUAUGCCAAUAGGCUUGCGAAAUGAAUUGAAUGCACUGCUCAACAGCAAAUAAUAAAUUCAAUAAUAAACGAAAAACAAAACAUAAUGAAAUUACGACCACCAGACUAUCGAUUCUCUCGUUGGGGACAAACUACAAAAUCUGCUACAAACAUAAUCGACUUCGGUGUCAUCAAAUCACACAGCGUCUUGGACAUAGUUACAGUGUUUCACAGUGUUGUCUUAAGUUUAUUAUUUGUUAAAUUAAUUAAGUUAAGAUAAGUUCGUCCAUUCAAGUCCGAUUCAAACGCAUUUCAAUAGUUUAAUAUUAGUAACUUGUACAUAAGUAUCAGCAUCAAAUAAUAUCUAUACAUACAUUGAAUACAUGUGUAUGUGUUUCAAUUUACUUACUUAUACCUUGAAAUUCGAUUUGAAUCCACUUGGUGACGAACCAUACGAUAUCAUUAUCAAUAACCAUUGAAACAAGUGUGUGUUUCCUUUUUAUAAAUUAUUUAUUGUUAAUGUAUAAAUGAAUGCCCAUAAUUAUUUUAUACAUUUAACUGCGUAUUAAGAUUUAUUGUAUGUAUUAAAUAAUCCACUGUAUAAAACGGCAUAUGUUAAUGUAUAAACAAAUUUAACGAAAGUAUUCAACAAUAAAUUUAUGUUGCUGGUUCUCUUUAAAGAAA